AUGGAUGAGCCAGCCGUACGAUCACGCGAGCAGCUACCGGACGAACACCACCACGACCCUCGAGUCGAUCCCGCACGCCCGAAAAGCCAGCGCAUCGAGCUGAUCAUCGACAGGGCAGCUUUCAACAUCGAAUCGACAAUCCGGACCGCGGGCAUCCGAAGACCACUCGAGAUCGAUUCGAGAUCCGCCCGUAAAAUUGAGACCGACACGCCCUAUGACAGCGAAUAUGAGGCGGCAGUAUCCCUUGCAAGGUGUCUGGUGAGACAUAUGCAAGAUGACUCCGCGAUCCGGGUCAUCGCGAUGGGCAAGGGUUGCCCAGAUAUCCGAUGUCCGAUGCUAAUCGCCCCGAAUGCUGAUUCACUGUGUUCUUGUUUGGGUUAA